GCGGGGCCGGAGCCCGGCAGAAGAUGGCGACGCUGCGCUGUAGGCGAGACCCCUGCGGCGUUAUCUGUCUUAUUUUAACUUAUUUCAGCGUGUUUUACGCGGACUACGUGGUCGUACAGUAUGUCCUCCUCCCCGCCUACUCGGACAGUUUCUACCUGUCUGACAGUGUGUGGUGUACUCUACACGGAUCAGUGUUCAACCUGAUUCUGCUGCUGCUGCUGGCCUGCCACUCCAAAGCCGUCUUCUCAGACCCCGGUAUGGUGCCUCUUCCUGACACAGCCAUAGACUUCUCAGAUCUUCGCUCGCAGUCGUCUCGGAUGAACGAACGGGGCUGCGAAGGUUGGACGGUGUGCAGUCGCUGUGAAACCUACAGACCUCCCAGAGCGCAUCACUGCCGCGUCUGUCAGAGGUGUAUCCGCCGCAUGGACCAUCACUGUCCCUGGAUCAACAACUGCGUCGGAGAGCUAAACCAGAAGUAUUUCAUCCAGUUUCUCUUCUACACUGGCAUGGCCAGUCUGUACUCCAUGGUGCUGGUGGUGUCGGCCUGGGUGUGGCGGAUAAGGAACGAGAGAGAAGGCGAUACAGAGAAAGAAGGAGAGGAGACGCCCAGCAAGCACCUGAUAGUCGCUCAUUACAUCAUCCUCCUGGUGGAGUCGGUGUUGUUUGGCGUGUUUGUCAUGGUCAUCUUCUACGAUCAGUUGGUCUCCAUAAUCACAGACGAGACGCCGAUAGAGCAGAUGAGGAACAGGCUGAUGAUUAAGGACAGAGGCUCUUCAUCUACAUCCUCUUCCUCCGCCUCUGCCUCUCAGCUGCCUCACCACCCCCCGCACACCCGCAAGCCGAAGCUCGCUCUGCUGCGGGAGGUAUUCGGAAGAGGUUCAGUCUUUUGCUGGCUUCUUCCUCUCCACUCCAGCCCUCCGUCAGUUGGCGGCAUCUCCUACUCCGCCCUGCCCGACUACGACGUCUGACCUUUGAACCGGAGAGAGCGAGGAAAGGGUGGCGAGAAAGGUUUUUCAUUGCGUGUGUGUGUGUGUCUGGUGUGUCUUUAGAAAUGAGGGAAUUUUCUACGAUGUCUUCUCUUUGGACCUGAGCGAAGAAGAUGAAGAGGAAGGAGGAUGAAGGCUGAGACUGGGAUAAAUGAAGAGAGCGUGUGUGUGUCAGAUGAAUGAAUGUGUGUGUGUGUGUGUGUGUGUGUGUGUGUGUGUGUGUGUGUGUGUGUGUGUGUGUGUGUGUGUGGAUUUUAUCCCCCAGGGCCUAAAAUGAGUUCAUCCCCAGACUUUUGCCCCGAUCUGUAGUUUAACUACCAGCGUUCUUUGAUUAUUUUGACUUGUGUGGGAGAGUUGGCCCCUUGUGGAUGCUGGGGGUUUGACUGAUGAAGGGUUGUUUGUACUACUUUUUAAUUCCCAGAAACUGCAAACACUCGGGGGCCAGACUUUUAAUUUAAACCUCAUCAACACUCACUGACAAGACACACAGACUGCAGCAGAAUGAGCCCCCAAAAAACAAUUUAAAAGCCUCAGUAAAUCUGGCCCUCUGUGUUUCCUCCAUGAUUCAGUUCUUGUCUGAACCAAAAGCUCCUAACAUAACAUUUAGAGCCUGUUUACACCUGGUAUUAACAAGUAUCUUGGGUCACAUUGUGCUACAAUCACUCAAACCACUCACCGAGGUAGUUUGAGACGCAUUUGACCUCAAAUCUUUAGUAGCGUAAACCAGGGGUUCCCAAACGUUUCCGUGCCGUGGCUCCAAAAACAGCAUUAAUUUAUGGCUCGACCCCGCUUUACAAGAUGUCUUAAAAAACUCACUGACAAAACUGUAUAAAAAAAACAUAAAAAAACAAAUUCUGGAUAUAUUUCCUUCCUUUAAUUGAUGCAAUAAUUACUACAUUUGUAUUUGAAAUCUUUUAUCGUUACGUUACAUCUAAUAACGCGUCCAAAAACGUGCCUACUCAGCUGACGUCCUGUAAGUACGCACUAAACACGCCGUCUGUUUGGUUCACUGUAAUGCAGAUUAACAUAUUUUAGGCUGUAUUAUCUGCACAAGAUAAGCAGCAGAAACCACCAGACUUCCUUAAAGAAACACACAAUUUUAAGAGUUGUUUAACGAGGAGAAGCUUUAUAAACUUUGAGAAACUCUUUGUACGACAAAUUCUUAAUUAUUUGGGCCUUCUUGUAAAUUCGGCAAACGUUACACAUUAAGUUAUUUCUUUCUUUGUGUAAAAAUUAUCGUGUCCGUUGCCCCAGUGUGUCGGCUACUAGACGGUGAUACAGUCUCCUCUACUGCCGCCCACUGUGAGUGACUCAGCCAAGCAGCCUGUCAGUAUGAGAGGCAGCAGAGACGCGAGCAGGAUGCCUUUCUUCGUCAUCUGUGUAUGAAAACAGCAGAUUUCCACACAGUCGAGGAAGUGAAAGUGUGUGUCCUGCUCAUGAAGUUCAGUUAUAAAACCCCACAGCUCCCCACAGAGUGUCUCUCCUGCAGGGCUGCUGACAGUAUUAAUGAACACUGACUAACUGGGAAGUGAGAUCUUUUGAUACCAGGUGUAAACAGGUUCAUUGGCCACCAUGAGACACCAAAACUGGUCUAAUGGAAACUCCAAAAUGCUUUUAAUGGGUUCAAAAAUGUAUAUUUGUACAUAUGAGAAUCAGGUAAGAAGGGCAUUUCGGUAGGUCAGCUGAUUUCUGAUCAGUAUCGACACACAUAUCAGUCCAACCCCAGUGCAGUUUUAUAUGUUUUUACACCUUCAACCCCCGAAUGAAACCCGAUCAACUGACCUUUUGGUUGUUGAACUGUAAAAGCUGGCUUUGCCCUAAAUUCACUAACGUUUGUUACUGAAUUAUGUUUUUUUUUUUUUCUUCAAAUAUAGAAUCAAAUUCUUUCUCCCAGGUAAUCUAAGCUUUAAAUAGUUAGUUGGGCUGCACUGAUUUUCCCAUCCGUGUUAGCUGAAUCCUUAUUAAGCUCAGUGAAAUCGCAGGUGCAAAACAAGUUGAGCUUUAAUUUUUUAAAGAUAAUUCAUACAUAGUUUCAUAGGAUGUUGAUAUUCACAAUGUGGCCAAAAGUGUGUGGACACCUGACUAUUAUAUUAAUAUGUAAUAGUUAGACAUCUCAUUCCAAAACCAUUGGCGUUAAUCUGAAGCUCCAGUCUCCCGGUUUCAUUCUUUACACCUGAUUCUGGCUCACAGUCGGAGCUCCAGUUCAUCCCAAAAAACUAUUUCCUUAUUGACCUGACUUUUUGCACAGGGUCCCAAGGAAGGAAGGAUCUUAUUUCCAAACUGGUGACACAAAAUAGGAAACACACUGUUUCUCUAAAAGAGGAAUUCCCAACCUGGGGGUCGACAAAACUGUACAGGUGGAAAGAAGACUUUUACAAAUAUAAACAUUAGGCCUAUAUGUCAGCAUUUUGUUCAUUUCUGUGAAGACAGAAAACUAAAUGAAAUUGUCACUUUUUAAGUUUAUAUUAUUAUUUAAGAUCUAAACCUGAACACAAGUUAUAUUCACAGAGCUUUCACUCUCUGAUAAACAGCCUUCAUCCUGCAUUAGCAAAAGUAUGCAGGUAAAACUACCAUAGAGCUAUUAGAAAAAUGAGGAGAAAAGUUAGAAUUUGUCCAAAUAAACCCUAUGUAUGAUUGUUAAAAAUAAAGAAAAUACAUAAUACAGACAAAGAAUUGCAUAAAAAGUUACUAAAAUAUGAGGAAAACUCAUCUCUGAUUAAAUAUUCACGGGAGAUCAUCUGCUCAAAAUUCAUCCAAAUCGCUCGUUUUGCACAAACUUCCUCCAGUUGUUGUUUUUACUGCAUCAAGUUAUGUAUGAAAUACCCAUAAAAUAUUAGUCAGGGGUCGUCAGUUUACUCUGAUAGAAAAGGUCUUCCUUAAGGAAAAAGGUUGGGAACCACUGGUCUCCACUGGUAUCCUGUGGCAUUAAAACAGACCAAACGUCCACAUAUUUCUGGCCACAUUGUGUAUAAACCACCUCUAACAGGUUAUUUUUUGUUACUGGAUUAGUUUAAGGUCCAACACUUUAAUACAAACACCAAGAGUAACCGUAGGUCAGUAUAUUCUCUAUUAUUUAUUUAUUAUUUAUUUUAAAAAUCGACCACUUGAGCUCAAAAUAUCAAUUAUAGUGUUUUUAAACAAUAUCAUGAAGUUACAUUUAUAUCCACUAAUAUUUUAUUUUUACAAGAUGAGAAAAACUACUAGUUGCCUGUCCUCCAUUUCAUCCUGUGAAUUAACACCAACAAACUGGUUUAAUAAUAGAAAUAACAGGAACAAAUGAGAUGUGUCGGGGUUUUGAUGUCACGCCUUUGGGCCUCGUGAACAAACGUCUGCAAAGAGAUUCUUUUUCUGUGUUUUUUUUUUUUUUUACACAUUUGUGUGUUUAUGUUGAAGUACAAAUAAUUUUGAUGUGCUAACUAACUAAACUGUGUAACACUGACAGAUUUAUACUACACACCCACACACAUAUAUAUGAAUACAGGGUGUGAUUUUAGAUAUAAAAACGGGGACGCUGGAUAAAAAGACACAAUAUUUGUUUAAUGUCAUACUACACUUAAAUUCUAUUUUUGACCUUGGAGAUAAAAGCAGUAUUUUGUGUCAUUCGUUCCCCAUCAAGUCACCCCAACACACACACACACACACACACACACACACACACACUCAGAGUACACCUCUCAGUAUUCUGCAAAAUCUCAGUGAAGGGACUUAAUAUUAUUUAUUGUUUCUAACUAUUCCGUCGAGUUAACUCUACCAAUAACUAUAUUUUUAUGUGUGGGGUGAAGUUUCCAGAAAGUGUGCAGCAGUGAAACAAAACUACAUGAAGGUGAUGUUUAAUCUAAACCCACAGCUACUACACUUCUAAUCUUGGUUUGUUUAAUUGCCUAAAGUAAGAACACUAUAUAUUACCUCAUAUUUACAGACUCUGUUGUAGCUAAGAUUGUUCUGAUUCAACUUUUUUAGGGCUUGUUGUUUCAAAUUCUGAGCCAAUCAGAGCUGCCUUUUGUAUGUUCCCUGACAAAAAUAUGUCCAAAAAAGCUGGACAUGUGGCUGUGCUAGUAUAAGCUGUCUUAAGACGGACUGCCCAUUGUUCCGAAAUCCAAAUAGUCCUGAAAAAUGUCCCAUUGGACCAUGAGCUAAUUCGUCCAUUUUACUAGUUUAUUGCCCUUAAAGUCUCACUGUAUUUGAACAUGCUGGAAGAUGAAGUCCUUGUUUACUCUACAAGUUUUUCCUUUAAACAAGUUUCAUUGUUAAAACAAUGCAGGUGCACACAGAUAGAAGACUGAGUAUAAACAGGAAGAGAAGACGAAGAAAACCGAUCAUUUUGUCAUCCAAAUUCAUCUAGUUGGCUGAAAACAUAAUAGUUGUUUUUCACAACAAAUGCGUAUUUUGCAGUUUACAUGGAUACGGUGAGGGUGGUGUUUCCAAAAGAUUGCAUUGUAAACAGGGCAGAGGUCAGGUUCAAUUCAAAUCAAAUUUUAUUUGUAUAGUGCCAAUUCAUUACAGAAGUUAUCUCAGAA